UUCGACUCUCUCACUUACACCAAGUUGGUAUGAAUGUGAGCUGGCUGGCCGUAUGGGCAUUUUCAUCCAUUUUAAUUGUUUGUUUUUAAUUUUGGAAAUUAAUAACCGGUUGAUGCGCAAAUGUUUUUGUCAGACGGCCGGGGGGACUAUUUGGCUACGGAAAGAACAUUAGUUGCAAAGUUUUAAAGUUGUUUUUAUAGUCUUUUUUUCUUGUUAGGGCUGCAGAGCGAAAUCCCAGGUUGCUAUAUAACCAAGCCAUCAUGGCGAGCCAGAGACGGGCAGGAUCUGUGUUUCUAUCCCGGGUUUCUACCCCAGUCUGGAAUAUUCAUGCCGGGUUCUGUUGGAAUAGCAAGCAGGCGUUCUGCUGGACCGGGUUGGCGGUGCUAGUGUGUACGCUGAUGUGCUGUGCGUUGUGUAACGCCGAAACAGAGUUUUCAAUCUUGGAAGAAGCGCAAGUUUUAGCAAAUCAAAUGAAAAGGCUGUCUACCGAAGAGCUCGGGGUUUUCACUAUGCAGAGGAUAUUCAACUCCUUCGUCUACACAGAAAGAAACUCAAAUGGUGAAACAGAAGUGCAGCUGUUGGAAAAAAAGAUCCGCGAGAAGUUUAACCGCUACCUAGACGUGGUGAACAGGAACAAGCAGGUGGUUGAAGCCUCGUACACGGCCCACCUCACAUCCCCACUGACUGCCAUCCAGGACUGCUGCACCAUCCCGCCCUCCAUGCUGGAUUUUGAUGGCAACUUCAACACAAACGUUUCCAAAACCAUCAGCUGUGACAGGCUGUCUACCACCGUAAACAGCCGUGCCUUCAACCCAGGACGCGACCUCAACUCAGUGCUGGCUGACAACCUGAAGUCCAACCCCGGGAUAAAGUGGCAAUACUUCAGCUCUGAAGAGGGCAUCUUCACCGUCUUUCCAGCUCACAAGUUCCGCUGCAAGGGCACCUAUGAGCACCGCAGCAGGCCUGUGUAUGUAUCAGCUGUGCGACCGCAGUCAAAGCACAUAGUCGUCAUCGUGGACCAUGGAGCCUCGGCCACCGAAACCCAGAUUCAGAUUGCUAAAGAUGCAGCACAAGUCAUCCUGAAUUCCAUCGAUGAGCAUGAUAAAAUCUCCGUGUUGGCGGUGGCAGAUGCAGUGCGGACUUGUUCCCUGGAUCAGUGCUACAAGGCUUUCCUGUCUCCAGCCACCAGUGAAACCAAGAGGAAGAUGUCUUCCUUUAUUAGCAACAUCAAGUCCUCGGACAGCCCCACCCAGCAUGCCCUGGGCUUCCAGAAAGCUUUCCAGCUCCUCCGGGGAACCCACAACGUGACCAGGCAGAAGUCAAACACUGACAUGGUGAUAAUCUACCUGUCAUCGGGAAUCACGUCAGGGGACUCCUCCGAGGACGAUAAGAAAGCCACGCUCCGAGUUAUCAACGAGGAGAACGGCUACCUGAACAACACUGCCAUGAUCCUCACCUACGCGCUCAUGAACGAUGGUGUCACUGGAUUGAAGGAGCUGGCAUUCCUGCGGGAUCUGGCUGAACAGAACUCUGCCAAGUACGGCGUGCGGGACCGAGCGUCUCUUCCGGUCGUCAAGGGCAGCAUGAUGGUCUUGAACCAGCUCAGCAACCUGGAGACCACUGUGGGGCGUUUCUACAUCAACCUGCCCAACAGGAUGAUCGACGUGGCCGUCUUCAGCCUGCCCUACAAUGAUGAAAUGGGAGAAGGUCUCAUAAUGACUGUUGUCAGACCGUGUUACUUUGGCAACCUGUUGCUGGGGAUUGUGGGAGUCGAUGUAAACUUGGCCUACAUCCUAGAAGAUGUAACCUACUACCAGGACUCUCUGGCAUCCUACACCUUUCUCAUAGAUAAUAAAGGUUACACACUCAUGCACCCCUCUCUCUCAAGACCUUACUUGCUGAGCGAGCCCCCUCUCCACACUGACAUCACCCACUACGAGAACAUACCUGGCUUUGAGCUGGUACGGCAAAACAUUCUCAGCCUCUCUCUAGGCAGCCAGGUCAUUGCAGUCCCUGUGAACUCCUCUCUAACCUGGCACAUGAACAGACUGAGGGAUGCCAGCCAGGAGGCUUACAACGUCAGCUACGCCUGGAAACUGAUUCAAGACACAUCCUUCAUCCUGUGCAUUGCCUACGUACAGCCUGAGAUCCCAGUGAAGCACCUGAAGAACCUCAACACUGUGCCCAGCAGCAAGCUGCUGUACCACCGGCUGGACCUCCUGGGGCAGCCCAGCGCUUGCCUGCACUUCAAGCAGCUGGCAACUGUUGAGAGUCCAACAGUGAUGCUGUCUGCAGGCAGCUUCUCCUCUCCAUACGAGCACCUGAGCCAGCCAGAGACCAAGCGCAUGGUGGAACACUACACCGCCUACCUCAGCGACAACACACGCCUCAUCGCCAACCCAGGGCUCAAAUCUUCUGUCAGAAAUGAAGUAAUGGCUACCAGUCACGUAACCGAUGAAUGGAUGACACAAAUGGAAAUGAGUGGCCUGAACAGUUACAUUGUGCGUCGUUACAUAGCAACGCCCAAUGGGGUGCUGAGGAUUUACCCUGGCUCCCUCAUGGAUAAAGCGUUCGAUCCCACCAGAAGACAAUGGUACCUUCACGCUGUGGCCAAUCCAGGCCUGAUCACCUUCACUGGACCCUACCUGGAUGUCGGAGGAGCUGGAUACGUGGUCACUAUCAGCCACACGAUCCAUGCCUCCAGCUCCCAGAUGGCCUCCGGUUAUGCUGUAGCAGUGAUGGGCAUCGACUUCACCCUCAGAUACUUCUACAAGGUCCUGCUGGACUUGCUGCCCAUCUGCAACCAGGACAGGGGCAACAAAAUUAGAUGUUUCAUAAUGGAAGACAGGGGUUACCUGGUAGCGCACCCGACUCUCAUUGACCCCAAAGGCCAUGCCCCUGUGGAGCAGCAGCAUAUCACACACAAGGAGCCUUUGGUAGCGAACGAUAUCCUCAACCAUCCGAACUUCGUGAAGAAAAACCUGUGCAAUAGCUUCAGUGACAGAACAGUGCAGCGCUUCUACAAGUUCAACACCAGCAUUAUUGGUGACCUGACGAAUCUGGUGCAUGGAAGCCACUGUUCCAAGUACCGGCUGACCCGGAUCCCAGGCACCAACGCCUUUGCAGGGAUUGUGAAUGAAACCUGUGAUUCCCUGGCUUUCUGUGCCUGCAGCAUGGUGGAUAGGCUCUGCCUCAACUGUCACAGGAUGGAGCAGAAUGAGUGUGAAUGCCCUUGUGAGUGCCCUCUAGAGGUCAAUGAAUGCACUGGCAGUCUUACCAACGCAGAGAACCGGAACCCCAGCUGUGAAGUACACCAGGACCCCUUAUCUUUGACGCUGAUUGACCCCGGGCUGCAGGACACACUGCCACAGUGCAUCAAUACCAGGUGUAACCAGAGGUUCACCAGCAGCGAUUGCUUUGGGGUGCUGGACUGUGAAUGGUGUGCGGUGGACAGCGAUGGGAAGACUCACCUCGACAAGCCCUAUUGCGCUCUUCAGAAGGAAUGCUUCGGGGGCAUUGUGGGAGCCAAGAGUCCCUAUGUGGAUGACAUGGGCAUUUUAAGUGAUGAAGUGAUCACACUGAACAUGAUUAAAAGCGCCCCGGUGGGGCCUGUGGCUGGGGGGAUCAUGGGCUGUAUCAUGGUGCUGGUUCUAGCAGUGUACGCUUACAGACACCAGAUACACAGGAGGAGUCACCAGCACAUGUCCCCACUUGCAGCGCAGGAAAUGUCUGUGCGAAUGUCAAACUUGGAUAAUGAGAGGGAUGAAGACAGCCAUGAAGACAGAGGCAUUAUGAGUAACACACGGUUCAUCGCCGCGGUGAUCGAGAGACGCAGCCACAGUCCAGAGAGGAGAAGACGCUACUGGGGGAGGUCAGGGACUGAGAGCGAUCACGGCUACAGCACCAUGAGCCCUCAGGAGGACAGUGAGAACCCGCCCUGCAAUAACGACCCCCUGUCGGCCGGAGUGGACGUUGGGAACCACGACGAAGAUCUGGACCUGGACACGCCGCCACAGACGGCCGCUUUGUUAAGCCACAAGUUCCACCCAUACAGACACCCUCACCACUACUCCCUGCACCCCAGCCACCAUUUGCAGGCAGCCGUCACUGUUCACACUGUGGACGCCGAGUGCUGAAGCGCCGCCCACGUUGGCGUUACCUGACCGGGGUUAAUCAGCGGACUGCAGAAUUAUAUACAGCCCUCCUGCAGCCAGACACUGAACUAACUGAGAACUGGACUGUUUGAGAGACUGCCUGCUGUUCUGAAAGUGGAACUCGAACGCCUGAACAGGUGCAGGUUUUGGAAUAUGGCAAAUAAUAGAAAGUGGUGUUUUACUGAUUUUUGAAAGUCUUGUGGAAAACCAGAGCUACUAUGUGUGUGUGUGUGUGUGUGUGUGUGUAUAUAAAAAUUGCAAACCAUGCAUCUCAGAUUUAAACAAAAAAAAUAAAGGAUUAUUUUUCUACUAUUUAUUUAAAAAAAAAAUUAAAUGGUUGUUGUAGAUUGAGUUGGACUGAGAUCUUUUACAUGAGAGGAGAUGUGAAGCCAACACAUUGGAACAACCAGCAUUACCUGACAAAUGAAACCUUUACCACUUACUGCCCUCUUUGUUGUGCAGUAAAGAAAAUGUCAUUGUUAAAUGUACGGUACAUUUUUAAUAAUACACGUAGCUAAGUAGAUGACCUUUCAAAGACUGCAGAAAAUAAUAUGAUGUUUUGAAUGACCUAACCUGUUAAAUAGUACAGGACUGCACAAUUGUUGAUUUUAAAACCAUGUGAUUUUACAGAAUAUUUUAUACAUUUUAAAAGAAAUAUUGCUGCUCCUUGAUCAGGCUAAAUCUCUUAAUGUUUUGUUACAGGGAAAGCCAAUAUUCCUCAUUAAUAAGCUGAUCCAUACUCUCUUAAUACCUUGAUCGAAAGUAGAAGUGUAUGAUUUUGUAUAUAGAAAGUGUAAUUAAUAGAAUGGCAAUAUCAAAUGGUUUUUAUAUUUAAGAAUUAACCCAUGCACUGUUGGCAAGUGUACUGUGUAGACUUUUUACCUGGGAAACAGGAAAACUGAACUUGGAUACUGCAAUUCACUGCUUCAGAGAACAUACAUGCUGUUUAACAGUCAGUUAUCCUGCAAUUUGAGAAGAUAGUUAUUGAAAAAAAAGGGUUUGUGUUUACAGUCCUUUUUGUAUAUACUUUAUUUUUAUUUUUUGGAAAGAAAAUUCAAAUCACAUUCCAUGUACACUGUGUAUGUAUAACUGGUCAACAGACCAUGCACGAACAGGAAGUUCAUUUUACACCAGUGUGUCCUGAUUGUCAGUUCUGUGUUGUAAACAGCAAGUUAGAAAUACAAAUGAUUGCAUCUUCAAUCCAAAUGCCAGUACUUGUACUGAAUCAAAUUAAAUACUACAGGAGUGCAUGUACUGUACUGUUAUCUCUAUGAAGCAGACCCCCUUGUCACUUGAUCCAGGUGUAAUUGAUCUAUUUUAAGCUAGGUCAAAUGAUACCUGUUCAGUAUUGAUCUGUACCAUUUCAGUAUGUCAAGUAGCCUCUCUGUUCGUUUUAAUUGUGAAGCUGAGGGAGCACGAAGCCACUGUGUGGCUUGGAACUUGAUUUCAGGAGACAAGGUUUCAGGCCACUGCAUGGCACACCAGGGGAGACUUGGGGUUUGAUACAACAAAAUUGUCUCAAACUUGGUCUCCCGGUCUCCUAGAACCAGGUUUCAAGCCACUGCUCCUAAAAAAGUGACUUUGUGUUUCCUCAGCUUAUGGUCUCUGGAUUUCUCCCAGUCAUCCAACAGCCCUGAAGGAACAUCAUGGAAGAAUUGCCUUGUAUGGUUUGAUCCACACUCCUCCUCUUCUAGCUGUUGUAUGCCUGGGCUGAUUUUUGUAGUGAGUCGCAUUAAACAAACAAUGGUGAUGCAGUCGCUGUCAUCUGUGCUGGGAUUUUUAUUUAUUUAUUUAUACUUUUAUAGCCACACAGGCUCGCUCUUUUUUUUUUUUUUUUUUUUUUACUUAUACACAGGGUACUUUGAACCUCGUUUUAAUUUCUUUCUUUAAAGACAAAGACUUAGUUAUGCAUACGCUUGGAGCAUUCUAAUUUAUUAUUUACAAACUGUACAUAAUUGUGUAUAACAGUACCGUCAUGAGUUCGAACCCUUUGUGUUCUCUUAGUUAGUAGAUCUACUGUGUUCAGUGUCAUUUUAUAAUUAGCCUAAAACUGGAAGUCAGUGCAGUAUAUCAAAUUAAAUUUGUUUUGGUUAUAAAAUGGUUUGUGAAUUUAUUUAUUUGAGAGUGAAAUAGUUAGAGGAACCCCUAAAGAAACAUUAAAAAAAAAUAAUAAUAAUCCAUUUAAAUUUCUUUACAUAAAUGAACGCUUUUUAUAUCAGCAAUUAGUUGCCUGCCUGUGAGAUCACGUACCGCAAGAUAUUCAUAGGAACAAAUGAAAGUUACUGUUUAAUAAAAAGCCAAAUAUAUUCCUGCUGAAUUUUGGCAGACACCCUUAAAUUCAAAGCAAAUGCUACGGAUUGAAUUCCAAAUUGUGUUUAAGCAGCUGAUGUAAAAAAAAAAAAAAAAAUUGUUGAAGUGAACCAGCAAUUAAAACAGAGCCCUUUUGAAGUGA